GCUUGCAAAAAUCGGCUUCCUCCUUUAGCAGUAAACAGGAUGUGGUGACUCUCGAGGAGGAAGCAAGAAGCGUUUUUUUAUCUUUUAUAACCGAGAUUCCUGCCCUAAAUAAAGCUAAAACAUCCCUCCCCCCCAAAUCAGAGAAGUUGCCAAGCCUCUUAGCAGGGCAGCGGCGAGAUCCCUCUUGGCCUCCUUCUCUUCAGAGUGCACAAACCUGUUUCUUCUUGUAUGUCGUGCUCCAGACUUGCGUAGGUCCCCUGGCCAUCGUGGUGGCCCCCCGCAGGCUUUGAUCCGGGAUGUCUCACGCUAGGGAACCCAAGUUGCCUUUUUGGGGAUGAUAACCUCAGUGUGACGUGCCGAGUUUGUGUAUAUGUAACCUUGGGGUGCAAGGCAAACAUCUAAAUUGCUUGUCUUGGUAGUGUCUUAACAUUUCAUUCUUACUCAACGCUGUAUACUGAGGCCUGUGAAGUUGGUGGGCGUUGUACCAUGACUGUUGACUGUUUGGCCUUUCAAAAAAAAAAAACUUUUUCCCCCAGUAAUCACAACUGAAGAGCAACAAGUGUAACAAAACUCUGCUAAAGUAGUGCAGGCACCAGCCACCUGACUCUCUGUAGCGUAAAGGACGAUGCAGAACUUGAGCAAAAACUGAGUCUAUGUAGGCUGUAAUAUGUGUCCCUUACGUUACCCAGUGACAACCUAACAGAUCGCCCAAUGUCAGUGUUUCCAAAAUCAGUGAUAGAGAGCCUUAAAAACCUCAUAAACAGGCUCAAGUUAAGAAGCUUAGUGUAAUUAUGAGUUAUGAGAUCUCUUUUUUUGGUUGUAACUAUAUUUAUUUGAAUUCCAGAUAAACAUCUGAUAAAAGGAGAAGAUAAGAAGACGAUAUGUAUCGAGGGGAAUAUUGCAAGUGGAAAAACAACAUGCCUGGACUAUUUUGCACAAACUACCAACAUUGAGGUUUUAACAGAACCAGUGUCUAAAUGGAGGAAUGUUCGUGGUUAUAAUAUUCUGGGCUUAAUGUACCAAGAUGCAUCAAGAUGGGGGAUAACGUUACAAACGUACAUACAGCUUACAAUGUUGGAGCAGCAUACGAGACCAAUGAUUUCCUCUGUAAGAAUGAUGGAGAGAUCAAUUCACAGUGCAAAAUACAUUUUUGUAGAAAACUUGUAUCGAAGUGGAAAAAUGCCAGAAGUGGAUUACAUUGUCCUAACUGAGUGGUUUGAUUGGAUCAAGAACAACACGGAUGUGUCAGUUGAUUUGAUAGUUUAUCUGCAGACUUCUCCUGAAGUUUGUUAUGAGAGAUUAAAGAGAAGAUGCAGAGAAGAGGAAAAGAUCAUUCCUUUGGAAUAUUUAGAAGCCAUUCAUCAGCUCUAUGAAGAGUGGCUCAUUAAACAGACACUUUUUAAAGUUUCCUGCCCGGUGCUUGUUAUUGGAGCUGACCAUGACAUGCAGAAAAUGAUAGAAAAGUAUGAAGAAAACCGGGACCAAAUACUAAACCUAUAUAAUAUGCAACACUGUUUAUAGAAGUCUGUUGUUACUAUAUUUUGAAAAUCAUGUUUAUGAAGUCUGACUUUUGGGGAAUUCUGAUGAGUAUUUGCAGUACUUCUCAGUGUGGUGGCUUAUGCUUUAGAAUUCUACUUUGUAAGAUGUUGUAGACUUUUGGUAUGAAAUGUCUACAAGUUUUUGUAAACAGAAUAUAAGCUAAUGCUUUCAUACUUUUCAGUUCUCCAUCAGCUUUACUGUAUCAAUUCUGUCUGGCUCAAAUAUGGCUAUUGCUUGAUUUACCACGUUGCUACUGCUUUCUAUAAGUAACCUAAGGUGUUUUUUUUCUUUUUUUUUUUCCCAUGACAAUCCUAUUUUUGUAAUUUGAAAGAAAUAGUUCCAUAUGAGAGGUGAGAUAUCCGCUAUUAUUAGAAGAAGCAAGUGAAAUACAUCACGUUAUAGUAACGUUGUUAAAUAAGUUUUGUCAUUUCAGGAUAGGGGAUCUUACUCUAAUCCUGUUUACACUAGUGUAAUUUCAUUGAAUUCUGUAAGUUUCUUCUGCUUUACAUAAAAUCACAAUAAAGUUGUAGUCCUGUAGAUACCUGUGAACUAGCAUAGUCCCACUGAAUUCAGUGGCAAUAAAAGAAUAAUGUAAAAUUCAUA